AUGGAGUCUCUGAUUGAAGCAAAUACCAAAUUUUCCUUGGAUCUUUUCCGAGAGAUAACCAAAGAUGAGAGUCCAAAAAAUAUCUUUUACUCUCCUCUGAGCCUCUCAGCUGCCCUGGGCAUGGUCCGCCUGGGGGCUAGAAAUGACAGUGCUCGUCAGAUUGAUGAGGUACUACACUUCAAUGAACUUUCCCAGAGUGAGAGCAAAGAACCUGACCCCUGUUUGAAAAGCAAAAAAGCCGUAGAGGUUGACAGUUCUCUGGAAGGGCAGAAAGAAACCACGGAGCCUCUGGAUGUGCAGGCCAAGUCCUCCAGUGAUAAGAACGAGCUGCUCAGCUGCUACUUCGGAAAUCUUCUCUCCAAGUUAGGCAGGGUCAAAGUUCACUACACCAUGAGCAUGGCCAACAGGCUCUAUGGAGAGCAGGAAUACCCCAUCUGCCCGGAGUACUUAGAUGGUGUGAUUCAAUUUUACCACACGACGAUCGAAAGUGUUGAUUUCCGGAAAGACACUGAACAGUCCAGACAAAAGAUCAACUUCUGGGUUGAAUCUCAAUGCCAAGGUAAAAUCAAGGAACUCUUCAGCAAGGACACCAUCAAUGACAAGACUGUGCUGGUGUUGGUGAACGCCGUGUACUUCAAGGCCAAAUGGGAACAACAUUUUGACUGUGACAACACAGUUGAUGAACCUUUCUUUCUGAAUGAGAAUGAAGAGAAGACUGUAAAGAUGAUGAAGCAGAAGGGCACGUUUAGAAUCGGCUUCAUAGAGGAGCUGCAGGCACAGAUCCUGGAGAUGAAGUACACCACGGGGAAGGUCAGCAUGUUCGUCCUGCUGCCACCUUGCUCCGCAGACAACGUGAAGGGCCUGAAAGAGCUUGAAAGGAAAAUAAGUUAUGAAAAACUCAGGGCCUGGACUAGCUCAGAAAACAUGUCAGAAGCAAAAGUAGCCAUCUCCUUCCCCCAGUUCACCCUGGAAGACAGCUACGACCUCAACUCCAUUCUGCAAGACAUGGGUAUCACGGAUAUCUUUGAUGAGACGAAGGCUGACCUCUCGGGAAUCUCUCCCAGCACCAAUCUGUACUUGUCCAAGAUUGUGCACAAGACCUUCGUGGAGGUGGAUGAAAAUGGCACCCAGGCUGCUGCAGCCAGCGGGGCGGUUGGCGUGGAAAAGUCACUGCCGUCCUGGGUGGAGUUCAACRCCAACAGGCCUUUUCUCUUUUUCAUCAGACACAACAAAACCCAGACCAUUCUUUUUUGUGGCAGGGUCUGCAGUCCUUGA